UAUCAAGCGCGGGCCGAGCGCUAACAAACGGCGUAGCGUUCAGAGCCGCCCCGGUCGCCGCGGACUCCACAUUCCAACGUCUUGCUGCCAGUCUGCACCAGUGUAAGACUGAGUGACCGCUUUCUACCCGUGCGACACUAACACAUUACCAAAAUGUCCGACGAAGAGGAAUAUUCUGGCUCCGAAGAGGAGGAAGUCGAAGAAGAAGUCGUAGAGACGCCCGCUCCCAAACAAGAGAGUAGACCGUCGAUCGCCAGUGAGGGAGAUCCAGAAUUCAUUAAGCGUCAAGACCAAAAGCGGUCUGAUCUAGAUGAGCAGCUGAAGGAAUACAUUAACGAAUGGCGUAAACAGAGGUCCAAGGAAGAAGAUGAGCUCAAACGUCUCAAGGAGAAGCAGGCCAAGCGCAAGGUCUCCCGCGCGGAAGAAGAGAAACGCCUCGCCCAGAAGAAGAAGGAAGAGGAAGAGAGGCGAGUCCGCGAGCUAGAGGAGAAGAAACAGCGUGACAUCGAAGAGAAGAGACAGAGGCUCGAAGAGGCCGAAAAGAAGAGGCAGGCUAUGCUUCAGGCCAUGAAGGAUGCCUCUAACAAAACUGGACCUAACUUCACCAUCCAGAAGAAGAAUGACAACUUCGGCCUUAGCAACGCCCAGCUGGAGCGCAACAAGACCAAGGAACAACUAGAAGAGGAAAAGAAAAUCUCCCUGUCCAUCCGCAUCAAGCCCCUGACCAUCGAAGGUCUGUCCGUAGACAAGCUUCGCCAAAAGGCCACCGAACUCUGGGAAUGCAUCAUCAAGCUCGAGACCGAAAAGUACGAUCUUGAGGAGAGACAAAAGAGGCAGGACUACGACUUAAAAGAGCUCAAAGAAAGACAAAAGCAACAGUUAAGGCACAAGGCUCUCAAGAAGGGACUCGACCCCGAGGCACUCACAGGCAAGCACCCCCCUAAAAUCCAAGUCGCGUCGAAAUAUGAAAGGCGUGUUGACACACGCUCGUAUGACGACAAGAAGAAACUGUUCGAGGGUGGUUACGAUACUCAAUUAUCGGAGUAUAUGGAUAAGUUAUGGAAGGAGAAACUUGAGGAGUUCACUAACCGAAAUAAAACGAGACUGCCGAAAUGGUUCGGUGAGCGGCCCGGCAAGAAGAAGGGCGAACUCGAAUCCCCCGAAGGCGAGGAAGACGUUAAGGCCGAGCCCGACGAAGAUGAGGAACCCCAAUUCGAACCUGAACCUGAGGAGGAAGAAGUCGUGGAAGAGGAAGAGGUAGAGGAGGAAGAGGAGGAGGAGGAAGAAGAAGAGGAAGAAGAGGAGGAGGAGGAAGAGGAAUAGGCGUUAAGUUAAGGAGCCACCCUCGAGCCGGAUUGAAGCGGACUGUACUGUUGCAUAACCAUUAACUUAUUAUAAAUUAUUUUUAUUAUUUAUAUAAUGUUCACUUGUAACAACACGGCAACUCGCCACCAACACCUGUGGCAGCAUUAAACUAAUUUAUUAUAAGA